AUGGUGCCAGCCAGACUGGGAAUAUUUCCACCUGCGCCCGACUGGGAGCAACAGCCGCUCGAAUCGCCGCAACCCCCGCCACUUCUGUCGGACGUCGCGCCGCCUCCUUCCGCAGCGACUGAGGCGACACCUGCGACUGCGACAGAUGACGACGACGACGACAGCAUGUUACCACCCGGGUUUCGCUUCCACCCGACGGACGAGGAGCUUCUAUGUUACUACCUUCGGCGACGCGUGGACAACCGUCGCAUAAGCUUCAAUGUGAUGGGCGACAUCGACUUGUACAAAUUCGAACCUUGGGAUCUCCCCUCGCGCGCUUCGAGCCCCCUAAUGGGAAACGACGAGUGGUUCUUUUUCACGCCGCGCGACCGGAAAUAUCCGUCCGGACUGCGGUCGAAUCGCGCCACGCCUGCGGGUUAUUGGAAGGCGACUGGGAAAGACCGGCCCGUGUUCGCCGCGAAUCGCGGAGGAGGAGGAGGGGGCUCCAGCAAUGGCGGUGGAGGUGGAGGUGGAGGUUCGGGCGCGACGACGGUGAUUGGCUUCAAAAAGACGCUCGUGUUUUACCGCGGGCGUGCGCCAGCCGGCGAGAAGACGGACUGGGUGAUGCAGGAGUACCGCCUACCCGACAGCUCCGACGACAUCGCCAGCCUAAUGCUGCCGGCUAGCAGUUCCGCCGGCACCGCUGACGUCACCAUCGCCGCGCCGCCGUCCCCGUCCGCGUCGGGCUGGCAGAGCGCAAGCGGCCCGUCGGGAAUGACUCUGUCGCAGUGGGUGGUCGUGCGCGUGUACACGCGCGGGGCGCUUCCGCAGCAGGCGCAGCCUGGGCAGCGCAGCGGAAGCAGCGGGGGGCGCCUUACAGCUCCUGGGGGAUUGGGUCACGCGCUCCAAGCGCAUGCGGAAAAAGCGGCGGGAAAAGCGGAGAAAGUGGGAAAAGCGGAGCUAGAGGAAGAGUCAGAGCAGCAGCGGAUGAUUUUGGACUCUGGCGGCAGCGGCGGAAGCGGAAGCUUCCCGUUAAGCACUGGGCUAAGCGCGGAGACGGGGAGGAUAGGCUCCGUUCCGCAGUCUCCACUCGUUUCCCCGCGUUUACCGCUUCCACAGGUUCACUUUCCCAAUAGUCCGCGCCAACCUCCCGCGAGCACGAGCACGACCUCUGCUGUUGCCGCAGCAGCUUCCGCCUCUCCAUCCGUCGCUGCUUCCACCGUUGCUUCCGCCAAUUCUGAGCUCACCGAGCUGCUUCUACGCUCAGCAGUUGCCCAGCCUAGUGACUCAGGCUCGGGCCCAGCAGGGUCGGAAGCAUGCUCGGUGCAAGUGUGCAGUGAAGGGAAGGAUGGUGUUGCAGGACAAAUCAGUCGGCAGUUUCAGCCACCAUUAUGGUCGACCAAGGCACAGCAGCAGCAGCAGCAGCGCCAGCAGGGACAAGGGCAGGAGAAGCAUGGAGGACAAGGAGGGAAGCAGGUUCGGUCUCCCAAGCGAAGUCGAGGGGAGGGGGAGUUUGAGGGGCCGAUAAUGAUGGAAGCAGGUGCUGCUGCUGAUGGGAGUUCCAUGGAGGCAAGCCAUUUGUCAAUGGAGGGUGUGGUGGUUCGGCCCUUGUCCAAGCGAAGGAGCUUUGUUGCGGAGGAGAUUGAGGAUGGUUCGGGUGGUUUGAGUGCAGUGAAGGAGAUUCCGGUGGGAGAGGAGGGAAGUGUUGGGGAGAACUCGCAGCCUGAUAUUCUCAACAUGCUGAAACAGAUCUUGGGCGAUCCUUCUUCGGAGGACAUCCAGGGGUUCCGAGCCUCCCGUCUCGGUAGUACAGACAGGCUCGGCGAUGCGGCUCUGGCAGAGUCCCUGUUGGAGGAGGGUCGGCUCGGACACAGUUGCAGUUCCGACCGGCUUUUAGCUGACGACCGGCUUUUAGUUGAGUGCCGGUUCUGCCGCGAAGAAGAGUACCUAUCCCCAAAAGAUCUCGGGCUUAAAAUCAACACUGGCGGGGCGGGGGCGGGGGCGGGGGCGGGGGCGGAGGGGGGUGCGGGGGCAAGGGGCGAGCGGGGAGCGCCGGAGAGCCUUGACGAAUUUCCGAGAGGGGAGGCGGCGGCGGCGGAGGGGGGCGAGAAGGCGCGCGGGGCGGAGGCGCGUGGAGCGGAAGCGCGACGGGCGGAGACGCGGGGGGCGCGGAUGGUGAAGCCGUGCGCGUGCGGGGGCACGAUGGGGCGCGUGCAUCUGCGGUGCCUCCAGCAGUGGAUCGAGCGGCGGCGAAUGGACGGCUGCGAUCACGACGCGCUCACGUGCGAAGUGUGCCGCUCGCCGUACCGCCUCCGCAUUCACGAGAGGCUAGACCUAACUUGGGAACGCCUGUGUUCGUAUGCGUCCAUCUCCUUUUAUGCCGAAUUCUGCACCAUCUGUGCCACCCUCGCCUCCAUGGUCUUCCUCUUCUUCCUCAUUGUCAUCGGCGACAGUGACGAGGUGUGUGGAGGGGUGGGAAGUGGUGGAGAGGGGGGACACGCCACCAUCUGUGCCACCCUCGCCUCCAUGCUCUUCCUCUUCUUCCUCAUCGUCAUUGGCGACAAUUAUGAGGAGGGUAGGGAGCUGAGUCUAUUCGCAGCAGUGGUGGUGGCAGCAUGUGUGAUCACCCUUGGCAUUCUCACUCUCUUCAAGGUAACCCUGUUACCAGCCACUGCUACCACUUGCACAUCACUUGCUCUUCUCAAGGUCACCUCAAGGUGGCGUCAAGCCAUCUCAGUGCCGCUGCUGUCGCCCAGGGGACCUCUCUCCCCACCCAUACCCUCGUCGCCCCGCCUCUCAUCAUAA